AUGAAACAUUCGCGCGCCAUAACAACAUCCCAUUUCUUCCACUCAAAUCACCCCGUACUCGAAGUCAUCGACGGACGGCCUAUAUCCUCCGGACAGAUCACCCAUCUCUGCUACCUACCGUUAUCAAUCGACUCCCACCAUGAAACUAUCCCCUUCUUCGUCACCAAACUUGGCUCAUACCCACUUGUACUGGGACUUCCUUGGCUCCAAUUACAUGAUGUUACAUUACAGUUUAAGGACAAUAGUAUACAGUUCGACUCCAAAUACUGUAAGCGUAAGUGCAACUCCCCUGUCAUACCCGUCCCCAUUAUAGGGAUCACACCACCACCCCGUUUCCAACUCGUCAGUUCAGCUGCUCUCUGUCGCUUCGCUCGAAGGGACAAGCUCCAAAUCUUCAGCACAACUAUCAAGGAAAUAGACCAAGCGAUGGGCGAGCCCCUUAAGGAAGACUGGAGAAACCGAGUCCCAACCCGAUACAAGAGGUUCCAUGAGAUGAUGGACAAGGAGUUCGCUGACGAGAUGCCACCUCGCCGCUCCUAUGACCAUAAAAUACCGCUCAAGGAGGGAAAAGAACCCCCGUUUGGGCCACUUCAUGGUAUGUCCCGUGAGGAGCUCAUCGUGCUUAAGCAAUACAUACAGGACAAUCUCCAAAAAGGCUUUAUUCAGGCCAGUUCUUCACCUGCCGGUGCCCAUGUCCUAUUUGUUAAAAAAGCCGAUGGAACACUCCGUCUCUGUGUCGAUUAUCGUGGCCUCAAUGAACUCACUGUAAAAAACCGCUAUCCGCUGCCACUCAUCCGGGAAACUCUUCACCACCUCUCCAAAGCCAAGUGGUACACCAAGGUUGACCUUCGCCAAGAGUAUAAUCAGAUCCGAAUGGCUAAGGGUGAAGAAUGGAAAACAGCCUUCUGUACGCGUUACGGACAUUUCGAAUAUACGGUGAUGCCCUUCGGUCUCACCAAUGCGCCGGCCACCUUCCAACACUUUAUUAAUGAUUGCGUCCGUGACUACCUUGAUAUGUUCUGUACAGCCUAUCUUGACGAUAUUCUCAUCUACAGCGACACCUUCGAGGAACAUCAAGUACACGUCGAAAGGGUCUUGGAAGCCCUACAAAGAAAUGGAGUACUGCUGAAAUCAGAGAAAUGCGAAUUUCAUACACAAAGCACCACCUAUCUCGGCCUCAUCAUCGAACCCAAUGGCAUUAAAAUAGAUCCAAGGAAAGUGGAGACAGUGAAAAAUUGGACCGUCCCCAAAACAGUUCAGGAUGUGCAAGCAUUUCUAGGUUUCGCUAAUUUUUACCGUCGAUUCAUACGCAGGUUCUCGGAACUUGCUUCCCCCCUUAUCAGACUGACACGCAAGGACAUAUCGUUCGAAUGGACACCCAGAGCCCAAACUGCCUUCAACGCCUUGAAAGAAGCCUUUACCACCGCUCCCAUCCUUACCCAUUUCGACCCAGACAAAGAAAUUACCGUGGAAACCGAUGCAUCUGACUAUGUCUCUGCCGGUGUACUCUCCCAACACGAUGAUAAUGGUACCCUUCGGCCCGUCGCAUACUUCUCAAAAAAGCACUCCCCCGCCGAAUGUAACUACGAUAUUUACGACAAGGAAUUACUGGCGAUUAUUCGAUCCUUCGAGGAAUGGCGACCGGAACUCGAAGGGGCUGCACACCCAAUCGCCGUCAUAUCCGACUAUAAGAAUCUCGAGUACUUUAUGAGUACAAAACAACUCAACUGGAGACAAGCCUGGUGGGUGGAGUAUUUAUCACGGUUUAAUUUUGUUAUCAAGUACCGAGCAGGGAAACAAGGAGGGAAACCGGACACAUUGACAAGGAGAUCAGGAGAUCUCCCUGAGGAGGGGGUGAAAAACAAGUACACCAGAGUCAAGUCGUAUUGA